CAGGAGUGUAGGCGUGCGGCAGCAGGUAGGUAUGGCAGUAACCAGAAUGCAGACCAGGUGCAGAUGCAGGAGUGUAGGUGCGGCAGCAGGUAGGUAUGGUGGUAACCAGGGCAGACCAGGCUAGGUGCAGGUGCAGGAAAUGGUGCAGCAGCAGGUAGAUAUGGUGGCAACCAGGAUACAGGAACAUAUGUGCAGCAGUGUCAGACAAGCCGGGUCAGGAUCAAUCGGGCAGAUCAGGUACAAGGGAGCAGGCAAGCGGAUAGUCAGGGAUAAGCCGAAUCGGUGCAGGCGGAGUUCUUUUUUUGGUCAGGGUCAGAUCAGAUACAGACAACAGAAUCAGGUUAUCAAGUACAGGACG